CUGCGUGUUAUUUCCGUGAAUCGAUUAGUCGAGUCUAGCCUUCACAACGGAAGUGAGGGCUAGGAGCUAGCAGCGUACAAGAUGGUGGCCACCAGGAGAGGGGUUCGCGUGAGCUCUCCUGCUAAAACAAACCCCGAGCAGUCGUCCGACGUCCCGGCCACUCCUUCCACUGGUCGGAGAACCAGGAGGGCUGCUAAGCAAGCAGAGAGUCCUACCCAUCAUGUCCCGGUGGAGACAAGCAGUCAGCUUGAGAAAAGCGAGGGGGGACCUCCAGUAUCUCCACCAACCUCCUUGAUGAAAAGAUGCACCCGAGCUUCCAGACUUCACAGUCCAGAGCAGCCCUCCACACCAGUGGGCUCCACCCAUGAAGCAGACAUCUCAGACCUGGAGUCCUGCUGUUCUACAUUGUCCGACAUCGAACCACUAGGCACACGCACGAGAGGCAGGAGGAGACCGCCCCGUGCAGUAAGUCAGGAAGAUGAGGAGAUAUCUGAGGUAGAGUCGUGUUCUUCUGCAGUAUCUGCAUCGAAAGCUGGCCAAGUUAGUCGCCGGAGCACAAGGAGGAAAACAGCUCCUGAACGUUCUGACCCAGCUCGUGUUGGAGCAGGAGAUGUCAAAGUUGACCAGGUGCUGGAGACCCAGUUCUGCAGCUCUGUGGUGUCCGAAUCCAAGAGAGUCACCAGAAGUCAGAGAAAAACUGCUCGCACCAGAUCGUCUGCCAAACAACAAACUGAGGACUCAGAGGUGUCAGAUGCUGACAGCUGCACAUCUAGCAUUUCAGGAGCUGAAGUUUCUAAGUCCACCACCCGCAGAGCCAUGAAAUCCAGAAGGCAAGCAAAUCACAUCCCCCUACACUUAGACGAGGUCUCGGAAUGCUCUCACUCCCCUGCCCCGACAGGUCGACAGACCAGGGCAGCAAGAGGGAAGGCGCAAGCCACUGUUAAUGUUAGUGAAACCCCAUCUUGUGACUCUGAAGGGUUUGAGUCUGGGCCCACUUAUAGUAUGACCACUCGUAGGCGGGGCAAGACCCACUCCACAGGUCCCAAAGCCGUAGACUCUGACUCUGAGCUGACGGACGUGCAUUCCCCAAUGGGUAGCCCCUGCUCCACACGAGGCAGAGGAACUCCCUGCAGCAGCCGCACAGGCUCGGGGAACAGCAUUCGAGGCAAUCAAGUGUCAAGACGCUCAGUCAAAGACUUUUGUAUUGUUCUAGAAAAAGCUGGAGCGCCGAUUGAAGAGGACAGUUCAUUAAAUGACUCUAGGUUAGAAAGCACGGUGAUUGCCGAGGACGCGGACUGCACACUAUUGGAGGAACCUGAGAGCCAAACGCCUGAAGAAAAAGAAGGGGUGAGUAGUGCUGAUAUCACAUCAAAUGAGGCAGAUACAAAAAGAGUGGAAAAGGGAGACAAGGAAGUUGGUAGUGAGCCUGCAGUGAUGGCCAAAGACCAGCAGGAGGAGCCGUCUGCUGAAAAUAAAGACGAGGACACUUCAGAGGUGGAAAUGAUGCAGGAAAUGAUCCAGUCAUCAGAGCCAUUAAAGCCUUGCCAAUCAGUUAGAGUAACAAUAUGUGAGAAGGCUUCUGAAAUCACUGAGGCGAAGGGCAAAGCCAUGGAAGUAGCAGAUGUGGAGACCCACUCAUCACUGGAAGGUAAGGCUGUGGAUGAGGAUGCAGUCAUAGAAACCUGGCCCAGUGUAGAAGAGAAAAUGGAAGGCAGCACACUGAACACAGAUGCUAAGCAGGUGGUUAACUCUGGUGAGGACGAAGUCAAGUCCAUUCUGGUAACGUCUAGCCAGCAGCACAAGAUCACAGUGGACUCUGACUCUGAACAGCGACCUAAAGACGUCACUGUCCAGAAUACAAGAGUAAUCAGCCUGCUGGAGAGCAGCGAUGAUGAAGAUGAAUUUGCUGAAGAGGAGGAGAGGGAAGUUUCUGGAGAGGAGGAGGAGGAGGAGGAGGAGGAGGUUUUGAGGCACAGGGAGAAAGAGGAGGAGAGAGGAGCACCUUCCAAGAAGUCAGAAGCAGAAGCUGCAUCAGUUGAUGGACUGUUUAUGAUUGACACGAGGCCCGGACAAGCGGCCGAUGAACAUUACUACAAGGAGAGACCAACAGACGAACAAGAGGAGGGAAAAAAUAGAGAAGUUGAACAUGAGGAACAAGAUGAGGAGUUUGUGGAUGAGGAGGGGGAUGAUGAUGAUGAUGAUGAAGAUGCAAAAAUCCUCUUCUCCAGUCGAAAUCCUCAGCUGAAAGAGUUGUCCAGCCGCAUUGACCCCGGCAUCAGAGUGAAGGAGCUUGGGGGUUUAUACAUCAAUUUUGAUGGCAGCAAAUCAAAACUUGUCUCAAGUUCUCUGCAAAAACUAAAGGAAAAGAAGAUCCAAGAUGAGGUGAUGAAGAAGAGUGUGAUUGGACCAGACUUUGAAAAGAAGGAUGCAGUGCCUCCAUACAGUGAAUCCAAACAAGCCUUAAAGCUGAAACACAGAGCAGAGAGAGAGAAAUCAACAGGAGAUGGUUGGUUUAAUAUGAAAGCCCCUGAGAUUUCUGAGGAGCUGAAAGGAAGCCUCCAGGUCCUGAAGAUGAGAGGCUCCAUGGACCCCAAGAGGUUCUACAAGAAGAAUGACAGAGAUGGCUUUCCCAAGUAUUUUCAGGUUGGUACAGUGGUGGACAGUGCAGCUGACUUUUAUCAUUCCCGGAUUCCCAAGAAAAAGAGGAAGAGAACCAUGGUGGAGGAGCUGAUGGCUGAUGCUGAGUUCAGACACAACAACAAAAAGAAAUACCAGCAAAUCGUGACAGAGAAAGCAGCACAGGGAGCUGGCAAGAAGAACAAAAAGAAGAAUAAAUUCCAUAAAAAGUAAAUCUGAAGACUCUGAGUGGACUUUCACAGAUACUGGUUUCAUCUCUAGCUCUUCAACAGGAGAUUGGUUGCUGUUGACGAUUGGAAUCAGCAAUUGUAUUUUGGGACUUAAACAUGAAGCUUCACUGAAUCCUUCUCAUUCACAAACCGUCAUCUCUUCAGAUGGAUUGAGUUUAUUUGUCUACAUGGAGAAACUAUCUAAAAAAGGAUGGUACAAAUCAAGUUGAUUCAGUCAUUACUUUGUACAAUUAUCUAAAUAUGGUGUACAUCUUUAUAUUUACAAUGGAAACAAACACAUUUUUAAUCAUAUUGACCUGUACAAACAUAUUGCUGUGCAGUAAUCAUUGUCAUUCAAAAAAUACAUGCAUCUACAUUAAAAUAUUUUCUUUUGACUGGCACCAAUGUUUGUAAUGGUUCUCCUAAAUUAAACCCAUCACAUUCUGAAAAUAAAGUUUGUCCUGUAGGAUGAAA